UUGGGACCUGAGAUGUGGAAGAUGAGAAAAUUGGGGACAAAAAAGACCAAUACAGUAAACUCCAUCAAGAAAAAUAAAGGGUAACCAGAAUGACGAUCGAAAGGAAUCCAGAUCCCUUCAUUUUUUUUCUAGUCUUCCAUACCUUCCAAAGCGAUCGUUGCUCUAUUUUUCCCAUUUUGUUUUAUUUUCCAUUCUACUCUCUCGCCUUCCUCCAGCUCUCUCUCUCUUCCUCUCUUUUCUUUUCUCUCUUGCAUUGCUUUCUCGCGUCGCAUACUUUUCGGUCACUGUCUCUCCUUUCCCCUUCACCCCCUCAUCCUCUUCCAUAUUACCGGAACCACAUUCGUUAUUCAAUUGCACUUUCAACGCCGUUCCCUCGAACUAUCGACUCCAGCAAUCAAUUUCUUGGGGGUCACUCUCCACCGGAUAGUAUCCAACCGGCUUCAGCAUCAAAUAGUAAUAAUCUACUUACUCCGCUUCCGCUGUCGACGGUGCAGCCACAUUCCUUACCCGGCUCAUGCAGACGCCCCUUCUGUCCAAUCCGACCGAUAUUAGCAUCUAUCCUUAGUUCUUGGACUUGGUAUCUUCAUCGCUAGCAAUUAUUAUUUCUCUCGCGCAUUAUCGACCUAAAACCAGCCCACCCGGCAAGCGACGCUUACUAUUGGCAAUUUGCUCAACCUCUCCUCCGUUACACUGGCAUUCCCAGGGGAUGACCGGGAAUUUGGAAUAGCGUCCAUUCCUCGAGCUAUUCCACCACCACCAUCACCCUCGUCCCAUCCAUUCGCUCAUUUCUCUCUCGUCCUA